GCCAUGGCUGCCGGACUCUCGCGUCCCCGGUGUCAAAUUUGGUGACAGAGAAAUUGACCGUUCUCUCGUUUUGUUUCUUCUGGUCGAAACAUCCUUAGGUUGGAAAUAUAAUUCGACGAAGAAGAAAAUAAUUUUCUUCAAAAUCUAAAGUUGGCCAUGGACAUUGGAUUAAAUGAGCAUCAUCAACAAAUUGUGGUAAACUACCUUAGAUUUGCACGUUAUGGCCGAGGACAGAGACUCAGGGGAAUAGAUGCAUCUUUUGAGGAACUAAAAGACAGCAGACUUGUAGAAGACACAUACACUCUUGAUGAAGUGACAGACAUGUUAGAUGGCCUUUGUGCAGUGGUUAGAGGAGAAGUUGAAUCUGAACUCAUUAACGCUGCACACACCAAUGUUCUUCUCCUGAGGCAAGUGUUUAGUCAAGCUGAGAAAUGGCAUUUGAAGCUACAGGCUGACAUAUCAGAACUGGAAAAUAGAGAGCUUAUAAAUGAAAUUGCAAAGUUUGAAGAAAGGGAAUUCUCUCCCGGUGCACAAGGCUCACAGACUAAGCUGUCCAAACUGUCCCAAACCUCAAAGCUUGAACCUUUAAAUGAGGGUGGAGGUGCAGCAUUACUUCAAAUAGAAAUAAACCGCUUGAAUGAGGAAAAUUCAAAACUCAGAGAUCGCAUCAAAGUUUUGGAAGGAAAGGCAACAAGUGCUAUUGGUGAAAAAAGUAAACUUCAAGCUGAUCUGGAAAGUACCCAAGCAGCUUUGAAAGCAAAAGGCAAUGUUAAGGGACAUGGCAAAGAACUUGCUGACCUGGAGGAACAGAUGGCUGCUACUAAAUUAGAUCUGAAAAUGACAAAAGAAAAGGGCUCUACUCAUGCUGCGUCAUUGCAUGAUGAGUUAACAAACACCAAGCAUGAGAUUCUAAGGCUUCAACAUGAUUUAGAAGAAGCACAAAAGGAUCUUGCCAAGAAAUUUAAUGAAACAACUCAAUACAAGAACAUGAAGCAGAUGUUGACCUCAAAGAAUGACCAGAUUAAAGAUUUACGUAGUCGCUUACGCAAAUAUGAACCUGACACCUGAAGAAAUGCUUUGUGAAUUGUGGCAUCCAAAGAGAAGUCAAUGAACUUAUUCCAUGUAAUUUUGAGCUAGCUUUGCUACAAACACUUACUACUGACUUAGGCUCAAACUGUUGUGUAGUGUUCUGGCUGAGAAAAGUUCACUGAAUAAUUACUGAAGUUCUUUAACGCUGUAGAAAGAAGUAUUUCAAGUGAUCUUGUAUUGAUUUUUUUAAAAGUUAAUGUAAGUUAUAUUACUAGCCAAAACAUUAUAUACAUGAAGAGAUGUUUAAAGGAAAAAAAAAAAAAUGAAAAUGGCAAUUGAAUGAAGCAAGUCAAGGAAGUGCAAAGCAAUUAACAAUUAAAUGUUUGUCUCUUUAUUAUUUAUUACAUGUAGGUGUUUUGUCCUGUUAUGCGUCGAAUAAUAAACCAGGCAUAGUCUUGUGCACAUGGA